AUGGGUGAACACAAUGAAGAGAAUGUGCGUGAGGGCCUCGGCCUGGCCAUUGGCUUCACCACAGACACGCCUCUCCCAGGGUACUGCUGGCGUGUAAGCUACGUCGUGGACACUUCGAAGCGGCGGGUCAUCGUGGACCUUGGAACGACCGAGGUGGCCGACUACAUGCCGGGACAUAACGCGAUGACCUUCGCGGGCGCUGGCCUGGACAUCAACGAGGUACCCAAGGCUGUGUGGCAGCAGAGCAAUGGCCUCCUGGCCCUGACUUUAACGGGGCCCGCCGGCGAGGAGGCCGGGGUGGGUCCGGAGAUGAGAGUUUAA